GGCCCGCCCCUCCCGGCGGCCGCCGUCACCGCCUCCGUGCGCGGCCCCGCCGCCCCCGCUCCCGCUCGCGCUCCUCCAGCCCGGCCCGCGAGCCCGCUGUCUUCGCCGUCGCCGUCGCAGCCCCUCGGACACGCGGUCGCAUCAUGUCUUCGCCUCCCGAGGGGAAGCUAGAGACGAAGGCCGGACACCCGCCCGCCGUGAAAGCUGGUGGAAUGCGCAUCGUGCAGAAACACCCACAUUCAGGAGACACCAAAGAAGAGAAAGACAAGGACGACCAGGAAUGGGAAAGCCCCAGCCCGCCCAAGCCGACCGUGUUCAUCUCUGGUGUGAUCGCCCGGGGCGACAAAGACUUCCCCCCGGCGGCCGCGCAGGUGGCUCACCAGAAGCCCCACGCCUCCAUAGACAAGCAUCCUUCCCCGAGAACCCAGCACAUCCAGCAGCCUCGCAAGUGAACGGCGAGGACCCAGCGCCUCCACCAGCAGUGCCUCAGUUUCCCGACCUUUCGUAUUUCCCUGGCAAAGAGAACGGCAUUUUCUUAAAAACACUGCUCCACUGGGAAAUCUAAGACAAAGUCAAGUGCCCCUGCCUUUGCCUUAAAUUUCCAUAUCUGAAGCUAGAAAGGAUCUGACCCCCAACCUCGUGUCCAGGGAGUCAUGGUUUCCCUGCAAGUGCCAUAAGCCGAACUUGCCCAGACCUGAGUCAAGGGAAGUUUCCAGAGCUCAGCUUUACUUCUCUGUCUGCAAUCAUCCGAGGCCCUACCUGUGGUCUUAAAAACAAGAGGGGCGCACAUUUGGGAGGACAAGACAGGUGAAGGCGAGAGAAGUCGCCCACUUCAUGCUUUUUAGUAACAGGACACUGCGUCUUAACAGCUAGGGGAGAACGGGGCGUGAGUUAUGGGGCAGGUUUCAGGAAGGCAGGGCAGGGAAGGUUUUUGGUCAAAGUGACACCAGUGUCCCUGAAUUCCUCUCCCCAUGAGAUGGGGGUCACUGCAUGGGGGACACCAGGUGCUCCCGGGAAAAGCCAAAGAGAAGCUCCCAUCCUUGAAGUGGCUCUUUAAUCUCAGGACCCACCUCCUGGAAAAUCAGAAUCUAGGCAGUCUGCCCAAAGGGAGCCCCCAGCAGGAGAUCACAGUGUGCGUCCCAGGUCCGGCACUGCCUCCUGAUCCAGACAGCCUCCACCGGGGCAAUCAGGCAAAGCUGCGUGUUUCAGAAUCCCCUCUAGAGCUGCUUUUGGGUUCUAGAAGGGCCCACCAACCGAUGGAGGAAUAGACAUAAAGCUAGUUCUGGAAUACUAAAGCAACAGCAUUGCAUGCAUGGAGAGACCAGAUGAAAACCCGCCCGUUGUCUCCUAGAGAAAGGUAGAAACACCGUGUUCCGUUUGAGCUAGAAGAACCUGUCCAUCCAACAAGUGCAGGUGUGCCUGGGCCCGUGUUCACCUGGGCGAGUCCGAUCGUCCUACACUUUCCGCCCAUUUUUCCUGCCCAGAGCUGCCCUAGACUGCUCCCCGGCUCAUGGCUAUAGAGUGCUUUUAUUUUUCUGAAAAGCCAGUGGGCUGGUCUCCUCAGCCAUCGCAGGCUUCCAGAACAGAGGCUUUGGGAGCGCGUACGGCGCCGACAUCCCACUCGCCAACAGCCGUGUCUGCGGCGGGUCAGCAGCUGUGCACUCCACCAGCCUCGGGGUGUCCUUACCCAACCUGCGUCUGCCAGCUGGUAAAAAUGACGCAGACCUCGUCAGAGCCGCCUCUCGCCCUUCCCCGAGGGCGAAGCAGCUCUGCUUCACAUUCUAGAGGCCCGGUUUGGCUUCCCUUCUCGUUGAUUUGCUGGGAGGCAGGGUCUAACCCUCAAAGCACCCUGUCAUCACACCUGGUAUUUCUUAAAUGCCGAGAUGCUGGUAUACACUGGCUUGCAGAGAUGCAGACUGGGGGUGGGGAGGCAGCAUGCCCUGGAGCACAGCGAGCCAGCAGCCGCCCCCAGCUACCUCCUGGAGCUAGGUCAGGCCCGUGCGGACCACUGUACCCUCCCCUACGAAAUUCAGAAAGUCAGACGCAUCCUUGAUACUUUUUAGUUUUGCAGCCCGGAGUGUCGCGAUGUUUCCCAAAGUACACUGUUCAUGUCCUUUUUGCUACUCCUGACGUGUCUCCCUGGGCUCUAAAUCAUUACAUGCAAAAUAUUUUCCUGAAUGAAUUCAUCAAUUGUGAACCUCGAGAAUAAUAAUGCUUGUAAUAAAACUCUUGCAUUUCUUCUCA